AUGAUCCCCAGCCGUCUGCUCCUCUCCAAGGGGUUCACCACCUCAGUUGCGGGCUCACGCUUCGCUUCGACCCUCGUCGUCGCCGAGCACAACGAUGAGAAGCUGUCCCCAAUCACGCUGAACGCCAUCACUGCUGCUUCCAAGUUGGGCGGUGAUGUUACGGUCCUUGUCGCCAGUUCGAAUGCCAAGGCGCUGGCUGCUGAGGCCGCGAAGAUCACUUCCGUCAAGAAGGUCCUCGCUGUUCAGGACGACAAAUUCAAGAACUCGUUGCCUGAGCGCGUUGCGGGAGCAGUCCUCGCUGCACACGAGGCCCAGAAAUUCUCGUCGAUCGUGGCGGGAGCGUCGGCUUUUGGCCGCGGCCUGAUCCCACGGGUGGCCGCUAAGCUGGGAGUUUCGCCAGUGUCGGACGUCACGCAAAUCCACUCGGCCGACACCUUCACCAGGACGAUGUACGCCGGAAAUGCUGUUGCAAAGGUCCAAUCGACAGCUACCGUCAAGCUGCUCACGGUCCGCGGGACUGCUUUCGCCCCUGCUGCUGGUGGCGGUAGCGGUGCCGUUGAAGAUUUGAAAGUUGGGGAGGUGAAUGCGGACAGUGAAUUCUUGGGACAAGAGCUGUCAAAGAGCGAGCGACCCGACCUGGGAACCGCUAAGAUCGUCGUUUCUGGAGGGAGGGGCCUGAAGAGCGGCGACAACUUCAAGCUCAUCUACGACCUUGCUGACAAGCUUGGCGCUGGUGUUGGCGCGUCGAGGGCGGCCGUGGAUGCCGGAUACUGCCCCAACGACAUGCAGGUCGGACAGACGGGAAAAAUUGUCGCACCGGAAUUGUACAUCGCCGUUGGUAUCUCUGGGGCCAUCCAGCAUCUUGCGGGCAUGAAGGACAGCAAGACCAUUGUUGCGAUUAACAAGGAUGGAGAUGCUCCGAUUUUCCAGGUUGCCGACAUUGGACUGAAGGAGGACCUCUUCAAGGCUGUACCCGAGAUGACCAAGGCCCUC